CACUUUUAUUCUUAUCGUCGCACGUUGCUGUACGCACGUAAUCGCGUGUUAAAUACACGGUCUUCGUUAUGUUCGACAAGCGGCGUGUUCGCCGCGGACUCUGAUCUAUCACCGCACCGGUCGUGUCCUUGCGGUAAUCUGUAUACCAAUCUCAUCGAAGAUUUACCAUAUACUACCGCUCACAUCGUUUUCCUCACAGUCCUCGCAGAUCCUCCUUUUCCCUGCAGAGUAAAAACGUUAGCCUAGCACGAUGGUGAAAUAUUAUGAAAACAUCACGGUCUUCAAGUUCGAUUGGACGCAGGUCGUUCGAGGAUUCUUUCAGAGAUAUCCGAAUCCACACAGUUUGCACGUUCUUACCGAGGAUACGAUCUCAAGAGAAGUUAAAAAUGGGAAGCUCUACUCCACGCGAUUAUUGACGAAAACCAACAGAGUGCCCAAAUGGGGUGAAAGAUUUGUCAGUAAAAACAUUGUCAAAAUUGUGGAAGAAAGUAUUGUUGAUCCAGAAGCAAAGACUCUGACUACGUAUACAAGGAAUUUGGGAUACACCAAAGUCAUGAGUAUUGUUGAGAAAGUGGUUUAUCAUAUCUCUGAUGAAAAUCCAGAAUGGACAGUCGCAAAGAGAUCGGCAUGGAUAGACAGUCAAGUCUUUGGUUUCAGCAGAGCGAUUCAAGCCUUUGGCUUAGAUCGGUUUAAAAAAAAUUGCGCCAAAAUGUCAGAGGGCUUCAAUUACGUUCUCGCAAAUAUGUUUCCCCAAACACAGUUUCUAAAUCCAAAACUGUCUCAGACGAGUUUCUCGGUGCAAGCUGGCCACAGCACUGUGGAUGAUGGCGUUACGAUAAAGCCGAGCCUCGCGGAGGACUUGCAACAUUCUUUACAGGGUAAAGCGGAGAAGGUCAAAGAUGCCGCUAAAAAAGCCACGGAUUUAGCAAAGGAAAAAGCAAGACCAAUAUAUGCAGCCUGUCAACCAAAUCAAUCGUAAAUUUACAUAUUCCACGAACGCAAAGCGCAAAACCGUAUCAAUUCUUAUAUUCAAGAUCGUCUUAGUACAGUCUUAAGAUGUCACGAACCAAUC